AUGUCAGGAGGAAAUUAUCAUGUAUCGGUCCAGCAGUUACUUGAGUCGGAGAGGAAAUUACGCUUAAAAAGUAUUUUACAACUACAUUCAAACAAAUUUGGAAACAUCCCAAUCAAGAAUUUAGUACUUGAAAUAUGUGGAAAUGAACAAAGUGAAUCAAUUGAAGAAAGGUGUGAUUUACUUUAUAGUGAUAUCUUUGAAAAUUUUGACCACACACAAGUAACAGCGGAUGAUAUUGAAAUUUUAACUUUUAUCGGUGGAUAUUGUGUUCACAAGUUAAACGUAGAGUGUCCUCAAUGCAAGAUUUAUUUCCAGUCAUCCAAGAAUGUAUCACUUGAAGAUAAUAUGGAAACCAAUAGUAACUUACUUUCUGUCAAUUAUUUUGCUUACAUCAACCGAGGAGGAUUAAAGCUUCCAUCAGAAAAGGUUGCUUGUACCAAUGGUGAAAAGUGCAGAAAUGAAACACAGAAGUACCAAGAGAAUGCAGUUUUGAACUCAAUAGUCAUACAAGCCGGCGAUGAAAUUGUAAUUCUUGUUGACAUAGAAGAAGAUGAUGAAAACGGAACAAGUCACAUUAUGAUAUUGGACAGACCAACGAACAUAUGUGAUUACAAAACUAAAAAGACCUUGUUAAGCUCCGACUCAAGAAAUAUCACUUUAACAGAAAAAAUUCUUCAGUCCGGAGAUAGAAAUGUACUAAUACGCUAUGUUUGGCAAGGAACAGAAUGUGACAUAGGAUGGGAUCUGCAUAUUAAAAUACAAGACCAAGAAUGCUCCAAAAACAAAGACCAAAAUUUGUGCUCCGGAAAAGGAUUUUGUGACAAUUUUUCGAACACAGGUUCUUUCUCUUGCCGAUGCUGUGCCGGUUUUGUUGGCAAAUACUGCGAGGAGAGAGAUGGUUGCUAUGGUAAUCCUUGUCAGCAUGGAGGAUUUUGUGUUGACAUUGCGGAAGGACUUGUUGGAACUACUUUUCAAUGUUUAUGCCCGCAUGGAUAUCGCGGAAGGUCAUGCGAAGGAGAAGUGAGUCUUUGCGACAGGCGGCCUUGCCUCAAUAAUGGAACUUGCAAAGGAAACCAGACGGACUACACUUGCGAUUGCCCAAAAGGCUUUUCAGGACCUGACUGUGAGACUAACGUCAAUGAGUGCCUUUCCAAUCCAUGCGUUCACGGCGUUUGCGAAGAUGGUUUUGGAGGAUACAAAUGCUACUGCCUACCAGGAUAUGGUGGUGAUCACUGCGAAUUCGAAUACGACGAAUGCGAUUCCAGCCCUUGCAUAAAUGGUGGCGCUUGUGAGGACCUCGUUGCUGGAUACAGAUGUCAUUGUGGACCGGGUUACGAAGGACGCCGGUGUCAAAUAAAAGUGGAUCUUUGCAAACCAAAUCCUUGUCCAUCACCAGCACAGUGCGUGGACAGAGGAAACAAUUAUAGUUGUAUCUGCCAUCCUGGAUAUAACGGACCUGGAUGUACGCAACACUAUGACCCUUGUUACCCAAAUCCUUGUCAAAAUGCAGGAAGCUGUUGGCCGAGCCUUGACUCGUAUUUUUGUUCUUGUAAACCUGGAUUUACUGGAGAUCUCUGCGAAGAAACACUGGAAGUUUCACAGCCGCUUCCGAGAACUCUUGAUGAUCCAGGUGAGCCGGAAGAAGAAGACAAUCCAGAUCAUAAGAAAGAAAAUGUUGAUCAUUGGCACAACUUGUACCUCGUGGGUACGAUGCUGAGCAUGGCAGCUGCACUCGUUGCUUUGAUUGCAGUAGUCUGCCAUUGUCGACUCAACAAGACCUACAAACGCUUCACGCGGAAGAUAGGCAGAUCAUGUUCAGAUCUCAAGCAGCAAAAACUCGAAGACCCAGGCAAGUUUUCAUUGAAUCUUCGUGGGAACGUUUCUGAAAGUCCCCCCAAGGAUCCACCGUACGAGGCCACCAGCGUCGACCUAGCGGACAGCUUGGAUGCACCCCUCAUCUGCUAA